UAGAUGCCUGUCCUGGUGAGAUGAUCAAGUUCAGCGGAGAGCGAGGCUUGUUUAUCAUUGGUCAUGUGUACCCGCCACUGGCCGAUGUCACAAUUACAGUGUAUGACAGCGGGGAUAAAGUGGCUGCUGUCACAGCACUGACAAGUGAAAAGGGAGAUUUCAAGAUUGGUCCACUUCACAAGGGUUUUGAUUAUAUGGUGAAGGCAGAGAAGGAUGGCUAUGUGCUGGAGAAAGAUGAGGAGGAAAUGGCUGUGUUCCGUGCCAGGAAACUCAGCAGAACUGAUGUUAAGAUUAUAGAUGAAGUUGACCAGCCACUAUCAGAGGUACUGCUCUCCUUGAGUGGAGGUAAACAAUACAGAAGUAAUAAUCUUACACAUGAUGACGGCACUAUGGUCUUUAUGAAUCUCAGUCCAGGGCAGUAUUUCUUACGUCCUAUGAUGAAGGAGUACAAGUUUGAGCCUGUCUCCCAGAUGCUUGAAGUUCUUGAAGGUACCACUGUUGAAGUGAGCAUUAGGGGAGUCAGAAUUGCAUACAGUUGCUAUGGACAAGUUACAUCACUGAAUGGAGAGCCGGAACCAGGCGUGUUUGUUGAAGCCCUGGGUUUAGAUGAUUGUUCUAUGUAUCAGGAAGAGAGUAAAACAGAAACCAACGGAAACUACAGGAUCAGAGGGCUACAGCCAAAAUGUAAAUAUGAAAUAAGACUCAAAAUUGGAGACAUGAACAAACACAUUGAAAGAGCAGCACCAAAGUCGAGAAUUGUUGUGGUGGAGAAGUCGGACUUCAUUGGAGUGAACAUUAUUGCCUUCAGACGUAUGAAUCAGAUGGAUAUUAGUGGAAAUGUGGUAACAGAAUCAGAGUUCUUACCUACUCUAAAAGUGAGGUUAUAUAAGGAAGAUAAUCCUGGGGUGCCAAUGUUCACUGCCCCACUUGGUGUUGUCAGCUUCUUCUAUCUACCAUCUCUACAAAUGGAUGACUCGAUUUAUACAGUACGAGUGGAAAGUUCUCUGUCCAAGAACACACAUGAGUUUAUACAACCAGAGGUAGAGAUAAGAGCUAACAUCUCGUACAAACAUAUUACAUUCAGAUUUGAACCAAAGAGGAAGUCUGUAGAGCAGGAGUUGAGCCAGAGUUCUGUACUUGUGUUACCUCUUACAAUACUCAUAGCUGUUGCUGUCUACCAUUAUCAAAAGCUUUUACCAUUGGGACAACAGCUGUUGGGCCAAGCACAAGCAUUUAUACAGAAACGUCAGGCGGGCAUCAAUCUUCAACAACAACAACAACCACAGCAAUACUCUCCCAUACAAGACUUUGAUUUACAAGAUUCUCCCGUACUAAGGAAGAAAAAUAAACCCAGAAAAACUUGAUAUUAAUAUUGUGUAUUUAGGUUAUUCAAUAUUUCUCUUUUACAAGAUAAAAUGUAGUGCAAUUUGGUACUGUAAACUAUAUUGAAAUAAGAUUUUAACAUAUUAUUCCUAAACAUCAGUAGUGAAACUACUGACUAUUGGCCCAUAACUUUACCACUCAUUUCAUUCCAAUAAAAAGUUGGCAGCUUAAUGUUUGCUUAAUUUUGAAUUUAAGACCAAGCUUUUUUAUACAGGAAUAAUUUAAGCUCUUUAAUUCUCCUAUGUGCAAAAGAUCACAGAGCACAAUCAGUUUUUGGAACCAAACAAGGAAUAUUUUCAUGAAGUGUUAGACAGAUUUUUACAGUCUGGCAGGUUAGUUAAUUUGAUAUAGCAUGUGGUUCUGGGACGAUCUAUGUAUGAAAAGAAUUGGAACAACUGCCUUACCCUUGCAUGAUUGUAAGAGGCGACUAAUAGGGUCUUAACACUUGGUUUUGCUGUAACUCUGUGAUUCCAGCAGGUAUGCAAAUUUUGAUUCCAUACCUUGUUUUUAUUUCGAUGUAAAUGAGAUGUGAAACCAAAAUUUGUAGUCCUGUUUGGCGCCAUAUAACCUAUACUGUGUUGGUGCGCCUUAAACCCCAAAUAAAUAAAUGAUAUAGCACACGAGUUCCGAGAUUUGAGCCCGGGGUGAGGUGUACCAGUACGUUCUCAUAGUUGAUCUAUUGAAGACAAUACGUCUAAGGGCAUUCUUAUUCAUGUUAGAAGUUUUCACUUAUUUGCAGAGACUUGUAACUCUAGUUGCAUUUUAUAUUAAUCAGACAUUUCUUUUUUUUAUAUUAUUUUCUAGAAUUGUAUCACAGUUUACAUUUAUCAAGACAGUUUUUAUCCAUUUAAUUGUGUGUUGGAUAUGUAUGUUUGUAGUUUGCCAAUCUGGUAUUUCAGUUGUUUGAAGUGUAAGUGAAGGACUGUUUCCAUUUUGGGUUUUUCUGCAUUUCACUUUCAUAUGUUUUCUGUCAUUUGAUCAGUGUGGAUGGUUUCGAAAAUGUAUAUCUGUUGCUGGGAGGUUCAGCUUUUUCACACUCCACUGAAGUACUCUUCAGUUUGAUGGAGACCCAGUCUUGAGUGACUCGCAGGAGAAGCAAGGUACCAGUCUGUGUUGCACAAGAUAUUAUCGAUGGUCAUCAUGACAUCAAUCAAAAUGAUAACCCCUACAUUUUUGGUAUUUUUGUAUCAUUUAAUGUAGGAUUUCAAACACGAUAAUUUCUGAAAAAUAGAAAUUGCUAAUUCGAUCAUUUGCUUAAACGUUGAACUGCAAUUAGGGGUGGAAAAAAUGUUUUUAAAAAAAAAGAAGCAAAACAAAUUUUGGCAUCUUUCAUAAACUCAGAUAAGGAAAUAUUCAGACAAAAGAAAUUAAACUUUAUUUUUUGGCCUAUAACAUCAUUUUGAAAAGAAAAAAAUAGUUGUUUCUCCUCAAAAGUUAUGUUUUUCAUGUCCCUCAUAAUGAAUGGAGAACAGCAUUACGUUUUAAAGAAGAAUGUAAACUUCAUCUGGAAAGAGUGUGUUGCCAAUGAAAGUGUUUGUACAAAUGUAAAUUUUGAGUAAAAGAAAGAAUGUCAAAUUGUGUACAUGUUUAUUGUAAAAGAUUAUAUAACAUUUUUUCCUCAAAAAAUAUAAUAUAAACAUUGACAAAAACAAAAAAUAAACAGACAAAAAAAUAAAA